AUGAAAUCUCUACUUGUUCUCCUGUUUCUCGGAGCGGCAGUCGCCACCCUGGCUGAAGAGCCUUUUGAGGAUGAGGCAGUCGCGGAGUUGUUAGAUGAAGAGGAUAAUGAAACCAUUGCCGAGCUUGCUGAUGAGAAGAAUGACCCCCGUCGUCGUCCCCGUCCAAGUGGCCCUCCGAGGGCAGUAAGAUCUUCAACCUUGUCACCAAUCCUAAACAAACUACUGGGAUUUGCACCAUCAGCUUAAAGUAGCAAACUUAAUUUGUUUAAGACUCCCUUUCACGUCCUUAUAAAAUAGGUGCUGAGGGGAACUUCGGAAGAAUCGCGCUCCCUCAACCCGGAAAUUGCGUAUUUUAUCUGGUUAACAUGUUAGAUCGAUAACUCUGUCAAAAAAAUAGCCAUACCCUUUUUUCUGGUGAUUGGCAUCACGGUGAUAAAGAAUGGUAUCAUUAAUAAAAUCUUAGCAAACGGUGUUUUAAUAUAAACGGUAACGUAUCAUUGAGCCAUUAUUAUAAAACUCACAUAGUUUAAUUCUUUUCUCUUAAAAAGUGCAAACUGUAUUUUGAGAAAUGCUUAAAGAAGCCAACUGGUCCUCGUCCCACACGUCCCAUCAAGGUAAGAUCUUCCUUGUCGUUAUUUUGAACCCUCAGACUUUGAUGUCGAGACGUAGUUUUACAGCAAAAGUGUGUAGUCAACUUACAUUGUUUUUAUACGACUUGAUGCAAUACAUGCACCAGCUGAGCUAGCUCUUUAGUUAUUUUUUUCAGCCGGGGUAGGUUGUUAUACGUUUGAAAGAGUGAUUACCCUUUUGUCAAUAAAGUAAUCAUAGCUCAGUUUUUUCAUAUUCACUGA